UGUAAAUAAGUUGCUAGGAGUAUAUAAACGAACCAAGCCCUACGUAAUCACUAGUUAAAAAAAUGGCCCACUGUCACGGGAAGUACGCAGUAAUAAGAAACCAAAAAUCGGGUCUUGUUUUAGACGCUAAUGAAUAUGUAGUCAAAGUUCAACAUUUUACCGGAUUUCCAUCUCAACUAUGGAAGUUAGAAGAAGCAUGUCCUGGUAAAUUUUUCAUUGUUAACAAAGGCAACGGAAAAGUUUUGGAUAUACAGGGAGGUCUAAACAAUGGCUCCAAUUUAAUUACGUAUCAGAAACAUGGUGGUUUAAAUCAGCAAUGGUAUGUUAAUUCCGAUGGAACAAUUGUUAGUGCCGGUGGAAAUUUCGCUGUGGACAUAUGUAGUGAAAAGUAUGCGGCAGGAAAUAAUUUAAUUGCGUAUCGCAAGCAUGGAGGAGCCAAUCAGCAAUUCACUUUUCAGUAUCAAUAGUAAUUUGUAAUUUUACAUCUAAAUAAAGUAAUUUUAAUUUGA